AUGGCUCCGGCGUCCUCCGACGAAACAGGGGCCUCCUCCGACGAAACAGGGGCCUCCUCCGACGAGACCACGCUCUCUUCCGACGAGAUAACCUUCUCCUCGGACGAGAUCGCGGCCUCCUCGGAACACGACUACGACGACGACAUCAGCCUCCCCUCGUCGCCUUCCGCGUCCCCCGAGCCCGACGACGACCCGUCGUCACUCUUGGACGAGCUCGACACCGCCACCACCGCUUUCAGGAAGAAGAGUCCGUUCCAACGCUGCCGGACGUGUCCGGACGCCGACGACCUAACCGUCAUGAAGGCCGUCGCGGCGCACCACGAGCAGCACGGCCGCGUCCCCUCCGGCCGCGACCUCUCCGCGGCGCUCCGCGGCAGCGGCAUCCAGGCGAGCGCCGACCAGCUGGCCGGGCGCGUGCCCCGCCUGCGACGCCGCUACGAAGGCUCCGUCCUCCGGCUCGCCCGCGGCACCGUCCCUGAGAAGGACGCCGACGUGGAGAUCUACAGGCUCUCGAAGCGCGUCUGGGGGGGGUGCCCGAGGACUAGGAGGAAGCCACGCGCGGCGCCCGUUACGCAUCCCGAGCGGAGGGGCUUCGAGGAGCUCCAGGGGAUGUACCCUUGCCUCGCCGCGGAGGUGGAGGCGGUCAUGGCGAGGCGGCCGGGCGGCGCGACAGCCGGCGCGCUCAAGAGGGCUUUCGGGCGGAUUGGCGAUGAGAAGGCGGCGGCGCUGGAGAAGAAGGCCAGGAACCAGCGGCUGGCGGAACUGAAGGUGAACGCCCAGCGGGCCGAGCUGAGGAAGAAGGCCGUCGACAUGCUGCUAGAAUUCAUCGAGUAA